AUGACACCUUUCCUUUCAUCUGCUCCGCCCCCUGCUCACGACCACGACUACCCCCAUGCCCACCACCACGACUACCCCCCUGCCCACCACCACGACUACCCCCCUGCUCACGACCAUGACUAUCCCCCUGCCCCUGACCACGACUACCCCCCUGCCCACAACCACGACUACCCCCCUGCCCACGACCACGACUACUCCCCUGUCCACCACCAUAACUACCCCCCUGCCCACCACCAUAACUACCCCCCUGCCCACCACCAUAACUACCCCCAUGCCCACAACCAUGACUACCCCCCUGCCCACGACCACGACUACCCCCCUGCCCACCACCAUAACUACCCCCAUGCCCACGACCACGACUACCCCCCUGCCCACCACCAUAACUACCCCCAUGCCCACGACCACGACUACCCCCCUUCCCACGACCACGACUACCCUCCUGCCCACCACCAUAACUACCCCCAUGCCCACGACCAUGACUACCCCCCUGCCCACGACCACGACUACCCCCCUGCUCAUGACCACGACUACCCCCAUGCCCACCACCACGACUACCCCCCUGCCCACCACCACGACUACCCCCCUGCUCACGACCACGACUAUCCCCCUGCCCACGACCACGACUACCCCCCUGCCCACAACCACGACUACCCCCCUGCCCACAACCACGACUACCCCCCUGCCCACAACCACGACUACCCCCCUGCCCACCACCAUAACUACCCCCCUGCCCACCACCAUGACUACCCCCCUGCUCACGACCAUGACUAUCCCCCUGCCCACGACCAUGACUACCCCCCUGCCCACGACCAUGACUACCCCCCUGCCCACGACCACGACUACCCCCCUGCCCACGACCACGACUACCCCCCUGCCCACGACAACGACUACCCCCCUGCCCAAGACCACGACUACCCCCCUGCCCACGACCACGACUACCCCCCUGCCCAUGACCACGACUACCCCCCUGCCCACGACCACGACUACCCCCCUGCCCAUGACCACAACUACCCCCCUGCCCACGACCAUGACUACCCCCAUGCCCACAACCAAGAAAGCUCAACUGAAGAGACAGGUGGUGAGAGUGAAGAUGACCCCAAAGGAUCAAAAUCUGAACCUCAGAGAUCCUGCUGUUCAGGACGCCAUCUUACAAGAGGUCAGUUUCCCCCUGUUCAUGAAGAACCAACUCAGUAA